AUGCUUGGACCUGGCAAGGGCAGCAAGACCUGGCAGAAGCCCCUGGCGAAGUUCCACCGGCUCGUUCACAUGUGGCAAGACGCGCCGCUGGGAUUGCAUUGGCAGGGUCGGGAUUUCAACGCGUUCAUCCUGCCCGCGCUCGCGUACGCGGUUCAGUUCAAGCGGCCUGACAUUUUCGUGCAGGGCGAGGCGCAAGGAUGGCGGGUGACAGCUGCGCCCUCCGCGCUCUUCCUGCUGGCCUUUGUCCCCGCUGCCUGGGCGUCCCUCGCGGACAUGUGGCUCCUGCGGGACUCCUUCGGCAGCGCCGCGCCCUUCCAAAACUUGGCAUGGACG